CCGGAAGUGGUUAUUAAACCGGACGUUCUAAAUGCUCAAUGUGACUUACCGUGGUUGAUACUUAUGUUUUAAUACUGUAGUGGUUUCGAGUCUACACAAUGUUUCUUACCACCGUAAAUUUGGCCAAGGCGAAAUCAAAGACCAUCCUGGUGCAGAUGGUCAGCGCUGCAGGGACAGGUUACUUCUUCAACACCAAGAGGAACCGUCUCAGAGACAAACUGGUGCUGCGCAAACAUGAUCCAAUUGUGAACAAGCACGUCCUUUUCCUUGAGAAGAAGAAGAUCAGAUCGAUUUAACAAUACUCAAAAAUAUAUGGACAAUAUAAACCUACAAGGUUUGAACAGACGAUUUGUAUUGUCAUGGAGUAUACAAGUCAGUCAACACUUCUGAUUGGCUGGUCGACAUGUGUUCAGGGGAUUUCUUGGAUCUAUCAGAAGACCUCUACUCUCCUCACUGCUCCAGUUCAGCAUGAUGCAAAUCCCAGCCGAGCUUCAAUAAAGUCUUUAUUUCCACCACUUUCAACAAGGAAGUACUGCUUAUGUGUAAAAGUGAGGUUAUGAAAUAAUACUAUAAGGCUGUUGAGCAGAUCUAUACAGAAUGUAUCACUGAUAAUAUUUAAAUAUUCCAACUGGGUAAAUGUACUUGAUUUGUUUGGGGUAAUUCAAUAAAUUAAGUCAAUUAUGUGCCGUAGAAGCUGAA